CUCCGGCAAACACGUACUUAAACAUAUUUAAUUUAAAGAAACGGGUUGCGAGUGUGUUUGAUACAGCACUGCUUUAUUCAUAGCGUCCCGACUCCUUGGAACUCAUUCGCCACUUCUCCAGUCGAGUCCGUCAAGUCUGUGAAAGUACGAACGUUGUAAUACCCGUGAAUCGUCGUUAAUUUAAUAGAAUCUUAGACAGUAAAUUACCAAGUAUUAAGUUCUCAGUGAAACAAUAUUUUUUUUUAUCAAGAAUUAUAACGAUUUUUAUCGUGAGGUAAUAAAGAGAAAAUUGAUUUUUCAUUGUGAAGGAUUACCUGGAAUCGCUCCAAAACGUUCGCGUGCUUCACCGGUAACUAAGCGUGAUGCAGUUCUAAUCGAACGAGAUUUCGUAACUAUUACCAGGUCAAGGUAGACUCGGGCGCUUUUUCUCACGAUGACCCGGGACGAGAAGAGUGUGAUAACGGAAGUCCGGGUUUGAUAAUAAUGAGCGGCUCUCCAUAUUUAGAUAAAUGGGAUUAUUUACAAAAUUAGUCAAGCUUGGCGUUUUCUUCGACGAGGAUCACGAUGUGGCCGCGACUGAGGAGACCGUGUCGUCCGUGGUCGAUCAUUCUUUUCAUCGUUCUUUUAAUGGGAAUAUAUUUCGUUUGGCCAUGGAAGAGGCAACAGUACGAGGAUUCUCGCAACGAUUACGUUUCGCUCCGGCUUCUAGACAAUCAAAGGGAUUACAUAGAUCGUAAAGGAGUGCACGUAGUAGUUGGCCACUACAUUGGAGAUUCCGUAGAUCCUUUAAAGUCGCCAAACAUUACGAAAGAUCUGAUCAACAAGAACAUGUUCAACCCACUACCAUUUGAAGGUAGAAAUGGUAAUCCGGUACUCGUCCCUGCGAAAGACUUUUACAAAAUGCAGCAACUCUUCCAAAUAAAUCGAUUUAAUUUGAUGGCUAGCGACAGAAUUCCGUUAAAUCGAUCUCUACCGGAUGUUAGAAGAAAAGGAUGUAUAAAGAGGUACUCGGCUUUGGGUAACUUGCCGGCGACGUCCGUGAUUAUCGUGUUCCAUAACGAAGCUUGGAGUACGCUGCUCAGAACCGUGUACAGUGUAAUUAACAGAUCACCGAGACAUUUAUUAAAAGAAAUAAUUCUCGUCGACGACAAUAGCGACAGAGGUUUCUUGAAGAAUGCGCUGGACGAACAUGUAAAGAAUUUAAAUGUUUCCACUAAAGUUCUCCGUUCCGGAAAGCGCGUCGGUCUCGUUAAUGCGAGACUUUUAGGUGCUAACGAAGCCAAAGGUGAAGUUCUCACGUUCCUCGACGCACACUGCGAAUGCACGGUUGGGUGGUUGGAACCAUUGCUUGAAGCCGUAUCCAAGAAUAGAACCAGAGUAGUAUCGCCUGUUAUUGAUAUAAUAAACGAUGACACUUUUAGUUAUACUCGGUCCUUCGAGCUGCAUUGGGGAGCGUUCAACUGGGAUUUGCAUUUCCGUUGGCUAACGCUAAACGGGCGAUUGUUAAAGGAAAGACGCGAGAACAUCGUGGAACCGUUUAAAUCACCUGCCAUGGCCGGAGGUUUAUUUUCUAUGAAUCGAGAGUACUUCUUCGAGCUCGGCAGUUACGAUGAUCAAAUGAAAAUUUGGGGUGGGGAAAAUUUGGAGAUGUCGUUUCGAGUGUGGCAAUGCGGCGGCAGCGUCGAAAUCGCCCCGUGCUCUCACGUAGGCCAUCUCUUUCGGAAAUCUUCGCCGUACACUUUCCCGGGUGGCGUUGGAGAAAUUUUGUAUGGGAACCUUGCUAGAGUGGCUCUCGUCUGGAUGGACGAGUGGGCGGAAUUUUAUUUCAAAUUUAACGCAGAGGCUGCCAGAUUAAGGGAUAAGCAACCAGUUCGAUCUAGAUUGGAAUUACGUAAAAAACUACAAUGCAAGAGCUUCGAGUGGUAUCUGGAUAAUGUGUGGCCCGAACACUUCUUUCCAAAAAGUGAUAGGUUCUUCGGAAAAAUCGUGCAUGUCUCAUCUAACAAGUGCCUUAUGCGACCAACCGCGAAAGGAACAUAUUCACAGCCUUCAGGGUACGCGAUUUUAGAAUCGUGUGCUUUAAGACCAUUGCUUAGUCAAAUGUUCGUAAUGACAAGGGACGGGAUUAUAAUGACUGACGAGAGCGUAUGCUUAGACGCGCCUGAAAACGAUACUCAGCACAAGACACCAAAGGUUAAAAUAAUGGCUUGCAGCGGUCACAAUAGACAAAAAUGGCAAUACGACGAACAAACGAAAAUACUUUUACAUACGUCCACCGGAAUGUGCCUGCAAUCGAAAGAUGACGAAAGUCCUGUGAUAGCAGCGUGUACGAAAACCAUCAAUCAAAAGUGGUUGCUAGAAUCAAUCCCGUGGAAAUAAAUUGAUCAGUAUUUUAAAUACUAUACCUGUUUACGCUUGUUAAAAUUUUUUACUUUCGUAUACGCGUGUCUAUUUAAAAAAAAAGGAAAACAGCUGUAAAUAAAUUUAUAUACGACAAAACGGCUUAAUUGAUUCGCGCGUCCACUCUUUUUUUCAAGUUCCUUAAGUGGAUAAUACGUUGUUGUCAAUUCCGGAGAAGAUGAUGGUGAUUCAUCGUAUCUCUGAGGUUACACGUGACGAAUCAUCUUUAUCGUCCAAGGUUACGCUUGUCGUCAUGAUCACAGGACUUUUCAUCAAACGAGCUAAAUAUACCUAGCUCUUUCACAUGCGUAUUCGCAAGACUUCCUUUCAUCCCCUUCUCCUGUCCAAGAAAAGGUCUUUGGAUUAAAACAAUUGGAAUUCGUUGCCGUACGGAUAUUUGGGUCAAAGUCAUGUCCUCGUCGAGGCCGAGAAGCUACUUAGCUCGCGACGGCCUAGUCUCUCUCGUUCGGUAUAUACCAUCGCCUCCAGGCCAAGUUUGGCCGAUGAUGAGUGAGACUUUAUUUAUGGAUCGGUAUCAUUCCGCAAACGGAAAUCGUAACGAUGUUUCAUUAUAUUGACAUCGAAAUAAAUCGAAUACUUUUUAUUGGUCGUAAAAAUUUCAAUAAUCAAAGAUGACACGUGUUGUUAAUGUGCGCUCAGUUGUAUUUGCAUUCGCGACCGCAAAAAGCAGGAAUGUUUAUAGCUUCUAUUCUGAGUCCAUUACAAUUGGCAAAAAAUACUCGGCUCAAUAAAAUUACAAUCAAGUAUAAUGCGCAUGUCUUCCGGUAAAUUUAUGAUCGAGGGGUAAAAAGACGGUUCGGACUCGUCCUGGAAGAAUCUUGCCGUUUGUCCACGCGGUCACGUCUUGUCUACCGUGUGUUCCGGUUCUCACACACCUAUGACCCUCAACAGCUUACCAUUCCUCACGUUAAUUGCAAGGAACGUUGAUUUUCUGGAAAUGCGAGCGUAGUCCAAAAAAAAUAAUAACCGAAUUCACUAGUAAACGAGUUUCGAGCAAGAAAAGAAUACGAAUAGCUAAUUUCAAUUUGUACGCUAGCCGCGUGGUUCAUAUUCGCGGAAUCUAGAGAACUUUCAUUUAAUAAAUGUACGCCCGAUCAUCGAAAAACAGGCACCGUAGGGUC